AUGGUUAGUGGUAAAGUACUUGUUGUGUCCAACAGAUUGCCUGUGACUAUCCUGAGAUCUUCAUCUGGAUCCUACGACUAUAAAAUGUCGUCUGGAGGGCUAGUCACAGCCAUGCAAGGGCUUGCUAAGCUGAUGGAGUUCCAAUGGUUUGGAUGGCCAGGACUUGAGAUUCCCUCGGAGGAACAAGACCGAGUCAAUUCCGAUUUGAAGGACAAGUUCAAUUGUACUGCAGUGUAUCUCAGUGACACCAUAGCUGACUUACACUAUAAUGGAUUCAGUAAUAGUAUUCUAUGGCCCUUGUUCCAUUAUCAUCCUGGUGAAAUGAACUUUGACGAGAAUGCCUGGGCUGCUUACAUUGAAGCCAAUAGACUCUUUGCUUCCGAAGUAGCAGAACAAGUAGCAGACAACGAUAUGGUAUGGGUUCAUGAUUAUCAUUUGAUGCUUUUACCUCAAAUGCUCAGAGAAGAGAUUGGCAAAUCAAAGAAGAAUGUUCGGAUCGGAUUCUUCUUGCAUACUCCCUUCCCAUCUUCUGAGAUCUAUCGUAUUUUACCUGUUAGAAGAGAAAUCUUAGAGGGUGUUUUAAGUUGUGAUUUGAUUGGGUUCCAUACAUAUGAUUAUGCUAGGCAUUUUCUCAGUUCCGUUGCCAGAGUGGUGCCCCAUACAAUGACUGUUCCCAAUGGGAUUGAGUUUGAAGGCAGAUCCAUUUCCGUGGGGGCGUUCCCCAUUGGUAUUGAUGUUGAUAAGUUCACGGAGGGACUUGAGAAGGCCUCGGUGGUGGAUAGAAUCAACCAAUUGAAACAAAAAAUGGGUGACAUGAAAGUCAUUGUGGGUGUUGAUAGGUUGGACUAUAUUAAGGGGGUUCCUCAUAAACUUCAUGCCUUUGAGACGUUUCUUUCUGAGAAUCCCGAAUGGAUUGGGAAAGUUAUUCUUGUUCAAGUUGCCGUGCCCUCCAGAGGUGAUGUGGAAGAGUAUCAAAGUUUAAGGUCAACAGUUAAUGAAUUGGUUGGUCGGAUCAAUGGAGAGUUUGGUACGGUGGAAUUUGCUCCUAUUCAUUACAUGCAUAAAUCCGUUACGUUUGAUGAAUUAAUAAGUCUUUAUUCCAUUAGUGAUGUUUGUUUGGUGUCAUCCACCAGAGAUGGGAUGAACUUGGUCAGUUAUGAAUAUAUUGCUUGUCAAAGAGAAAGACAAGGGGUAUUGAUUCUUUCGGAAUUUGCCGGUGCUGCUCAAUCUUUAAAUGGGGCCAUCAUUGUUAAUCCUUGGAACACAGAAGAAUUGGCUAUUGCCUUAAAGGAAAGUUUAACCUUACCUAAAGAAAAGAGAGCCAUAAACUUUGAAAAAUUAUUCAAAUAUAUCUCCAAAUAUACCUCAGGUCAUUGGGGUGAAACCUUUGUCACUGAAUUGUAUAAGUGUGGAGCUUAA